AUGGCAGUAAAGGAGAAGGAUAAUAAGGCUGUUAAUGGAGUUAAGGAGAAGGCUAACAAUGUUGUUAAUGGCAUUAAGGAGGCGGCGGCAUGUGCUUACGACACCGUCGCUCAUGAGUUCCGUGGACGUAAAGCUAAAACUAACUUCCCUUUACCAUCAGAGGUGCACAGUCCUAGCCAGAGCAUCAUCAUAGAGUCAUCAAGCGCCGAAGCAAUGAAUAUUCAUCCACCGGUUGAGCUUGAUCUCAUGUGCCUCCUUGGAGUAACUUCCACAGCCACCACUGUGAAUGGGUAUCAGUUUUUUGGUUACCAACCAGCCAUGGCAGUUUUGCCACUGGACAUUAAGUUUCUACAUUGUGUCUCUCUAAUUCCAAAAGCUGCAUUUCUUGAUGGUGAAAAUGACCUUCGAAGCUUAGCUGAAGCCGACUCCUUUGGUAAUUUCUUUCCUAUAAUUGUUUCUGCUCUUGUAGGAGAAAUAGAAAUAGAAAGUCGACACAGCAAAAUUGAGAGGAAUUCGGUGGGAAUUGGGGUAAAGGAGGAGGGGAAAUUGUGA